UGGGGGAGGCAGCGGGAAGCCCCCUUCCCCGCCCCCGGCCGCGCCAGGGCCUCGCCGCUGCCGCCCGCAGCCCGCGGCAGGGCAGCGGCCGCAGCCGCAGCCGCGCCUGACAGCGGCCCCGCGCCGCAGGAUCCGCGCCCCGCAAGGACGUGCUCCAAGAGCUGCCAGGCGCGAUUACGUUGUUUUUUUCCCCCCACCCACCCCUUGAACUUGUUGCUUGGCGCUCGGCGGUGGCGGAGGGGGGUGGGGGUGGGGGAAAGCCUUAUUAUCGAUGUCCCUUUGGAUGCGAUCAAGCUUUCUCAGGAGCAACUACUUCCCCGCCGUUCCCGGCGGGGCGCGGAGAUCUAGCGGCAGAGCCCGUAUUUCCAAAAGUCUCUAUGCAACUGAGCGCUCUCGCCAGACUUUCACAGUGGCUGGACCAGAACUGCCUCUAGAUUGACUCCCUUAGCUGUAAUAGGUGUUUGGAACCAUGGCGGCAGGUGUAGCAGCUUGGUUACCCUUUGCCAGGGCAGCAGCCAUAGGAUGGAUGCCAGUGGCUACUGGUCCCAUGCCAGCUGCUCCACGGCAGGAGAGGAAGCGAAGCCAGGACUCUCUAAUUGUGCUGAAUGUGAGUGGCAUCCAGUUCCAGACGUGGCUGGACACCUUAGAGCGCUACCCUGACACUCUGCUGGGCAGUUCAGAGCGGGACUUCUUCUACCACCCUGAGACACAGCAGUACUUUUUUGAUCGGGACCCUGACAUUUUCCGCCACAUUCUCAACUUCUACCGUACUGGGAAGCUUCAUUAUCCCCGCCAGGAGUGCAUCUCAGCUUAUGAUGAGGAGCUGGCCUUCUUUGGCAUCAUCCCUGAGAUCAUUGGUGACUGCUGUUAUGAGGAGUACAAGGAUCGCCGGCGUGAAAAUGCUGAGCGCCUGCAGGAUGAUGCUGAUACGGAUCACGUACCUGAGAGCUCCCUACCCUCAAUGACAGCUCGUCAGAGGAUGUGGCGGGCCUUUGAAAACCCACACACCAGUACCCUGGCUCUGGUCUUCUACUAUGUCACUGGUUUCUUCAUUGCCGUCUCUGUUAUUGCCAACGUGGUGGAGACAGUGCCCUGUGGGGUAAGCCCGGGUCGCAUCAAAGAGCUGCCCUGUGGAGAGCGGUAUGCCGUGGCUUUCUUCUGUCUGGAUACUGCCUGUGUCAUGAUCUUCACAGUUGAAUAUCUCCUACGUCUGCUGGCAGCUCCUAGUCGCUACAAAUUCGUGCGCAGUGUCAUGAGUAUCAUUGAUGUGGUGGCCAUUAUGCCAUAUUACAUCGGCCUGGUGAUGACAGAUAACGAGGAUGUCAGUGGGGCUUUUGUGACAUUAAGAGUCUUUCGUGUCUUCAGGAUCUUUAAGUUUUCCCGCCACUCACAGGGUUUGCGCAUCCUGGGCUACACACUGAAAAGUUGUGCCUCGGAGUUAGGCUUCCUCCUCUUCUCACUCACCAUGGCCAUCAUCAUCUUUGCCACAGUCAUGUACUAUGCAGAGAAGGGUUCCUCAGCCAGCAAGUUCACCAGCAUCCCUGCAGCCUUCUGGUACACCAUCGUCACCAUGACAACACUGGGGUAUGGUGAUAUGGUGCCAAAGACAAUAGCUGGCAAGAUUUUUGGUUCAAUAUGCUCCCUGAGUGGGGUCUUGGUCAUUGCUCUGCCAGUUCCUGUAAUUGUCUCCAACUUCAGCCGUAUAUACCACCAGAAUCAACGAGCAGACAAGCGCAGGGCACAAAAGAAAGCCAGGCUCGCUCGGAUCCGCGCCGCCAAGAGCGGGAGCGCUAAUGCCUACAUGCAGAGCAAACGGAACGGCUUGCUGAGUAACCAGCUGCAGCAGUCCUCCAAUGAAGAAGAACAGGCCUUUGUUGGCAAAUCUGGCUCUUCCUUUGAAACACAGCACCACCACCUGCUUCACUGCCUGGAAAAAACUACGAACCAUGAGUUUGUGGAUGAGCAAGUCUACGAGGAGAGCUGCAUGGAGGUGUCGACAGUGAACAGGCCGCCGAGCCACAGCCCGUCGCUGUCGUCGCAGCCGGGCGUGACGGGCACGUGCUGCUCACGGCGGCACAAGAAGACGUACCGCAUCCCCAAUGCCGCCGCUAGCGGCAGCCGCCCCGGCAGCGUGCAGGAGCUCAGCACCAUCCAGAUCAGAUGCGUGGAGAGGACUCCCCUGUCCAACAGCCGUUCCAGCUUAAAUGCCAAAGUGGAAGAGUGCGUUAAACUAAACUGUGAGCAGCCUUACGUCACUACAGCAAUAAUCAGCAUCCCAACACCUCCAGUCACCACACCUGAAGGAGAUGAUAGGCCAGACUCUCCCGAGUACUCGGGAGGAAACAUUGUCAGAGUAUCUGCAUUAUAAAACAAAUAAUUAUUUAUAAAUUGGCAUAAAGACCACUAGCAAGCUGAGCUCGAGCAGUGAAAAACGAGUCGUGAGGAAUGAGAGAGCUGACAAAGACAACGCCCCUUGACGAGUGUGCCAGUGGCUGCAGAGCAAGAGGUUCAGGAGAAAUAAACUUUGUGGGUUUUGGUGUCAUAGGGUGUGAACCAAAAGGAGUUUCUUACCCCCUGUCCGAACUGAUGCGCGGUGGAAUCUUCUGUGACCAUCCUGACUUACUAUAUGAGCACAAUGAAAUGUCCCCAUUGAUGCUUCUUCUUAUCAUGAAAGCUCUUUUUAGAAAAAAACACAAACGAAAAAAUAGAAACCUAUGUUCCUGCUGAAUGCAAAACAACAAGAAACAUUUUGAUAACGUCUUUUUUUUCCCUGUUAAUAAACCACAAACUUGUUGAAGAACUGUCAAAAAAUGAAUGAGAAAAUGCUCAUAUGAAAUAUGUUUGUACUGACUGAAAGAACUACAACCAUAAUGCAUGCUGAAAUUAUUUGAAGCUGUGAUCUCAGUUUACUUUUGUUGUUUUUCAGAUUAGGCAUGAUAAAAUAAUACUGUAGAAAGGGGCAUUUCCGUGCACUUACAACAAGCUGAUUGUUAAUGUUCCAUGGUAGUUGUACAAAUAACUUCCCUUUGAAAAAUGCAGUAUUUCUUACUCAAACACUCAUUAGUGAACUAAAGGUGUUCAGUUAGUUCAAUAUUUACUAUUGUUUUAUCUUGCUUCCUAGGUACUGUUACAACUGCAAUAAGUCAUUGUACACCUGUUGUAUCAGGAAUCAGGAUUUUUUUAAGGUAUUUUACACAACUUCAUCUACACUUUAAACUUCUAAUGGCAAACAUUUAAAUAAUCUUACAGCCAAACUGCACCACAAAUUGCUAUUCAGCCAUUGCUCCUUUUGUUCACUGUUCUCUAUUUCUCUGACACUUCAUUGCCCACUCCAACAUAACUGUAUCAUUUGGGAUUUCAAGGACACUGAUGAAUCAACAGUCCAUUCUUCCAUAGACAACUUGUCUACUUCUGUAUUUCCAGAGCAAACUUCUUGUCACAGUUAACUGCUACAGAAGCAAUCCUAUUUGAAUUAAAAUUACCAAAAAUGUGUUUUGGGGAUCAGCUAACACUUGUCUCCAAAUGGUUCCUUUCUUACAUCCUGCAGCAUCCAGAGUAUUAGCUACACUGGAAGACACUGAAAGACAUUCAGUUAAAAUGAUGGCUAAAUUCUUUUUGUAAUUAUCUGUAAACUCGCAUCUUAAAACUUGUUUGAGAAUUUAUAUUGUGUGAAAAAUAUUCAAUUACCUAAGAACAAUGACAGAAUAAUGGAUUGAGUCCCAAAGCUGUAAAAAUAUAAUUGAUUUCAAUUGGAAUUUGCCUACAUGGGCAGGCCUAAAAGCUAAUAUGAAGGCUUUACAAGUUAAGGCUUCUUGGCUUCAUUUAUAAAAGACAUUGAUAUUAUCAGAAACUUUCUGAUAAAAAAGUGUAAUUUUUCUUCAUGACAGUACAUUAGAUGUAUCAUAAUGCUUCUUAUAUUCAUGACAUACCAUACAUCAUAUACAUCAAAUAUACACAGAAUAUGUGCAUAUCAAUACAUACAUAUAUACAUCAAAAACACUGAAUCAGAAAUAAUUGCAUGUCUGCAAAAUAAAAUAUGCAUAUAAAUCAAAACGCUCAGUGCAUUAGAUGCCAUUACAAUAAAUGAUUAACACAGUUAUUUAAUAGUUUGAGUAGUGUAUGUUUCAGUAUAGUAUUUGCUAGCAUUCUACUGACCUGAAAAUUUACAUUAAAAUACCCACUAAAAACUGAAACUUGCUGAUGAUACACUUUUUCUUGCACACAAAUACUGGUCUUUCUCUCUACCUGUCAACAGUGAAGAUUAGAUGACAGACUAUCAUGCUACAGUAUAUACACCAAAAUACAGCAUCACAUAUUAGAAUUAAACUGCAAGUAAAAAGAGUAGAUAAUACCAUUCAUUACUCUUUUAUCUUAUCAUUUACUUAUUCUGAAAUUAAUGCAGUCUUGGUUAAUUUGCAAUUAACUUCCCGAUUUUAUUUUUUUUUCAAAUCAGAAGGAUUUACUCAUUGUAAACUGAGCUUCUGCAUUUCUUUCCAACAUCAGAGAGCAGAAGCACGGGCUGUGCUCUGAGCCAGAGGAAGGGCUCCUUCUGAGCAGCCUUGCCCACAUCCAUUACCCAGCACUGCUCUCUCUUCCACCCUGCAGCAGAUCUGCUGAAGCUGGUAGGUUACAUAAACUAUAAUGGAUUCAAAGGAGAGGCAGAACACAUCAGAUUUUUGACUUGCAUCGUACUUCUACACAUGGUUACUCAUACUUGGUCCCCACCUUUUGCCAAACAUUUAUUAAUAUAAAAACUGCCUUGAUGUCAGCAAACUGCAACAACUUCUUUAUGUCAUGUGGUAAUUCAUGACCAGUUAUAUCAGCUAAAUAAUGCAAAGGGGCAGUUACUAAACCUACUUUGGUACAGACUACAUACAACCCAGGAAACCUACUGACUCCAUCAGGUCAUGUGUCUUUUAAAAGCUCUUUAUUCUACUGUUCAUAGGCUCUAGAAAGAACACACUACAGCAAUACACUUGCAUAACAGUUAUACCCCUGAAGCAACUUGUAUUUUCAUUUUUAAAAUGCAGCUUAAGAGAUGAUUUAGUAUGAUUUUUCAGAAUUCCAGUCUUGUCUCCUAUUUCCAUAUGUCACAUGCAAAACCAUUAAUUUAUUCUGAAUUUGGGAAAUACACAUUUUUUUGGUGUUUUAGGUGAUUUAAAUGCUGUUUUGGUAGUGAAUGACUGUUGAUGACUGUGUAAAAUGCAUCUGUACUGUACAUGAAAUGUAAUUAUUUCUGUGUAUCAUACAAAGAAACCAAGAUUGUUGUUUUGACAAUUUUGUUUGACAGUCAUAUAUCGUAUUUCAGAAGGCAGCAUAAUACACGUGUUAUGCUGAAUAAAUAGACAUUUGAGGAAUAUUUAAAUAAAACAUCUGCAUGCUUGAAUGGGUCAA